AUGCUAUUAUUGGUUAGUGAAGUGCUCUCAGAAUGUGGUGUGCCCUACACUCACCUCUUCGCGAUGUCGCCUUUCCGAAGGCGGAAACGGGUGCGCGGUUCGGCUCAGCGCAACAAAGGUAUCGAGUGGAUUCGCACUCAUCCUCUUCCAAACACUGAAAAAGGCAUUGUCUUCUUUGCUGAUGAUGACAAUACCUAUGACCCACGAAUAUUUAUAGAAAUGCGUACCACACAACUGGGUUCCACUUGGCCCGUGGGUCUGGUUGGUGGAAGUAAAUGGGAAGGUUGCAUUACUGAUCCCAAGGAUCGCAGUAAGAUCAUUGACUUCUGGUGCAUAUUUCGGCCCUGGCGCCAAUUCCCCUUUGACAUGGCAGCCUUCGCAGUGAAUGCACGCCUCUUCACGCUCUUCCCCACGGCGCGAUUUGACUACCAUCGAGCCCUGGAACAGGAGGGACUCAUUCUCUCACAACUCGGCUUUCAGAGUGCCUACGACCUCGAACCCAAAGCAGAUGGAUGUUCCAAGAUUCUCGUAUGGCACACGCAAACUCGCACACCGUCUUUCGUUCCUUAUUUUGGAUUUCAACCACCACCACCGAGUUUUGUGUAA